AACCUCUUUACUCUCUCUCUAAGCCUCGCCGAAACCGUUUUCUAAUAGAAAGAAAGAAGUUCCGGUGCGGUGGCUUUUAAGCCGUCUCCGCCGUCAUUUUCUCUAACUCCGGCGAGAAAAUAAAAGUUGAUCGAUCAUGGGGUCCGAGAGGGCUCUCUUUGAGCUGCACGGCGACGAAGAAGACGACGAUAACAACAACAACCACAACGCCGCCACCGUCAGUGGCGGCGAAGAUGAUAACAAGGUGUUCGUCGGAGUCCCAAUCCCGGCGGCGGCGGCGCCCGGCGGCAAUCAGAUUUCCUUCGCUCACCACCAUUAUCAUUACCCCCACACUAAUAAUAAUCAGAUAUCUUUUGGAAUGCUCCACUCCUCCCCUUCUUCUUCUACCAAUUUCAUGAGCAAGGAUAGCAGUGGAGGAGCAUAUGAUUUGGGAGAAUUAGACCAAGCCCUUUUUCUCUAUCUUGAUGGUCAUCAAGAACCUUCAUCAUCAAUCCAAGAUCAAAGAAGGGCAGAUAAUUGUGGGAUGAGGCCACCCACUCUCAACAUUUUCCCUUCACAACCCAUGCAUGUCGACCCAUCAUCAUCUUCAACAACUCAUCAUCAUCAUCAUAACAAUAAGGAGAGUGGUGGAAUGCUAGUGUCGUCUCUCGAGACGGAGGCGGCGGCGCGGGGCAACGCGAAAAACGAAGUGGCCUCCCUCCAGCCUUGUGCAUCCGUUCCAAACCCUCCCAAAGGGUCUACUAAGCGGGAAGGAAGCCGCCGGUCUUCCUCCUCCACCGCCGGCGACCACGACAGUCCAAAAACUCCUGAUCCUAAGACAUUGAGGAGACUUGCUCAAAAUAGAGAAGCAGCUAGGAAAAGCAGACUUAGGAAAAAGGCAUAUGUUCAACAAUUAGAGACAAGUAGAAUCAAGCUGACACAACUGGAACAAGAAAUCCAACGAGCCAGGGCUCAAGGAAUUUAUUUUGGUGGAGGUUCAUUAUUAGGAGGAGAACAAGGUCUUCCUCUCAUGGGCAACAUAAGCUCAGAUGCGGCGGUGUUCGACCUGGAGUACGCACGGUGGAUGGAGGAGGACCACCGGCUGAUGUGCGAGCUCCGGGGGGCGGUGCAAGAGCACUUGCCGGAGAAUGAGUUGAGGUUGUACGUCGACAACUGCCUGGCCCACUAUGACCAGAUGUUCAGCCUCAAGAACAUCAUUCUCAAAUCCGACGUCUUCCACCUCGUCUCCGGCAUGUGGAGAACUCCGGCCGAGCGCUGCUUCAUGUGGAUGGGCGGUUUCCGGCCCUCUGAACUUCUCAAGGUAAUAAUAGGGCAAAUAGAGCCGAUAACAGAGCAGCAGCUGAUAGGGCUAUGCGGCCUGCAGCAGUCGACCCACGAGGCGGAGGAGGCGCUGUCGCAGGGACUGGCGGCGCUGAACCAGUCACUUUCCGACACCAUUAUCGCCUCCGACUCCCUCCUCCUCUUCACCUACGCCAAUAAUUCCAACAUCGCCACCGCCAACUUCAUGGCCCACAUGUCCGCCGCCGUCAACAAACUCGCCGCCCUCGAAGGCUUCGUCCGCCAGCACUUAAUGGUUCAGACUGUUUGUUUCAGCCUCUUAAUGGUUCAGAUGUCUGAAUGGUUAAGAGAUUUGCCUCUGAAUGGUUAAGUAUUAUACAGAGUCUGAAUGGUUAAGAGCUCUUAUCUGAAUUGAUCAGACAUUUGCCUCUGAAUAGUUAAACAAUAUACUAGCUCUUAAUGG